AUGCCGGUUCAUCAUUUGAUGAUAGGGACAUGGACCCCGCCUGGAGCCAUCUUCACCGUGGCUUUCGACGAUGAGAAGUUGACUUUAGAACUGGUCAAGAGGACUGAGAUUCCUCACGACGAGCCCAUCUCAUGGAUGACUUUCGAUCACACUAAGAAGAACAUAUACGGCGCGGCCAUGAAAAAAUGGUCUAGUUUCGCCGUCAAGAGUCCUACCGAGAUCGUCCAUGAAGCUUCGCAUCCCAUGAACCACGACCCGCAGGCAAGCUUGGCUACAACUAAUACACGUGCUAUCUUCCUGCUUGCCGCCAAGCAGCCACCGUACGCAGUGUACUGCAACCCGUUUUACCUGCACGCUGGUCAUGGGACUGUUUUUUCCGUGUCUUCGACCGGAGCGCUCGACAAGGACAUACAGCAUUACCCAUACCAACCCAACACGGGCAUCCAUGGCAUGGUGUUCGACCCAACGGAAACCUACCUUUACUCGGCCGACUUGAAGGCGAACAAGCUAUGGGUACACAAGAAGGCAGAAACGGGAGAUGUGGAGCUGGUGGGGAGCGUUGACGCGCCGGGCCCGAAAGACCAUCCUCGCUGGGUGGCCAUGCAUCCCACGGGUAAUUACUUAUACGCCCUGAUGGAAGCCGGUAACCGACUCUGCGAGUACGUUAUCGACCCGGCAACGCACAUACCUAUAUACACGCACCAUUCGUAUCCCCUAAUCCCACCGGGAAUUCCUAAACAUGAUACAAUGUACAGGAGUGACGUAUGCUCGCUCACGAAGUCGGGAAAAUAUCUAUUCGCAACGAGUCGAGCCAACAGUUUUGAUCUGCAGGGCUACAUAGCAGCGUUUCGGUUACGGGACUGCGGGUCGAUCGAGAAGCAGAUCUGCUUGAAUCCUACGCCGACGAGCGGGGGACAUAGCAACGCAGUAGUUCCCUGCGACUGGAGCGAUGAGUGGGUGGCUAUCACGGAUGACCAGGAUGGCUGGAUUGAGAUUUAUCGAUGGAAAGACGAGUUUCUGGGUCGGGUUGCAAGGUGUAGGAUUCCCGAACCAGGAUUUGGCAUGAACGCUAUCUGGUACGACUGA